AAGUUUUCAAGGUUCUCCUUUGUGGUUAAGCUUCUUCACUUGAAGUCAUACCAUAGGAUCCCGAAUAGUGCAUUUACUGAAAUUUUGAAGCUAUUAGCUGAAGCAUUCCCUGAACCCAAUACGCUCCCAAAAUCGUAUAAGGAAGCAAAGAAUCGUCUAAAGGAAUUAGGCCUUGGGUAUGAGUCUAUACAUGUGUGCUUCAAUAAUUGCAUUCUGUUCAGAAAGCAAUAUGCCAAUCAUGACAACUGCCCAGUUUGUGGACUGUCAAGGUGGAAAGACCCUGCUAGAAAGAAGAUUCCACAGAAAGUGUUGAGGCAUUUUCCAUUGGUGCCUAGGCUAAAGAGGAUGUUUCUUUCCAAAAAAGGUGCAGAAGAAGCACAAUGGCAUGAGCUAAAGAGGCAACCCAAUGAGAAGGAACUGAGUCAUCCAAAAGACGGUGAUGCGUGGAAAGAUUUUGAUGAAAAAUUUCCAGAAUUUGCAAAAGAUGCUAGAAACUUUAGGCUUGGCAUUGCCACUGAUGGGUUCAAUCCUUUUGGAAAUUUUAACACAACCUAUAGUAUGUGGCCUGUAUUUGUUAUACCAUACAACCUUCCACCUUGGGCAUGCAUGGAUCAGUCAAAUUUUAUGAUGGCUCUGCUGAUUCCAGGUCCCAAAUCACCUGGCAAGCACUUCGAUGUCAUUCUACAACCACUUGUAGAAGAAUUACUUGAGCUCUGGGAGGGUGUGCGUACAUAUGAUGCUCUUAGUGGAAAAAUGUUUGAUCUUCAUGCUGCAGUUCUAUGGUGCAUUCACGAUUACCCAGCUCUGAGCACUCUUUCAGGGCGUACCACAAGAGGCUAUUUUGCAUGUAUUCAUUGUGACAAACACCCUCUUUCUUACAGCCUAAGGAGUAAAAUUGGAUAUAUUGGUCACUAUCGUUUCCUUCCAACGGGUCAUCAUUUGCAGAGAAACAAUGAAUUGUUGGUCUUCAUGAAAGCAACGAUGAGCCAGGUAAAUUCUCUGAGAAAGAGUUGCAGGCAGAAUUGGAGAAGGUUAGACCUGGGAUACAACAAGAAAGUAGGAAAAGGAAGCGUUCUGACUUGGGCAGCAAGAAGGAUCAUGUGCCAAUUUGGGCCGGAGGGUUUGUUUGUGGGAUUUGAAGUAUUGGGCAAAGUUGAAGCUGAGACACAAUCUUGAUGUCAUGCAUAUUGAGAAAAACAUUUGUGAAAACCUCAUCGGGACAAUUCUGAAUCUGGAGGGUAAGACAAAGGACACACUUAAUGCUAGGAUUGAUCUCAAAGAUUUGAAUAUUAAAGAGGAGUUGCAAUUGAGGAAGGAGGGAGACUCAUAUGUGAUGCCUCGGGCCCGAUAUACCUUGUCCAAAGAACAAGUGGUUGCAUUUUGUCAAUUUCUACGAGAGUUAAAGUUUCCAGAUGGGUUUGCUUCCAACAUCUCAAGAUGCACAAGUGCUGAUGGAACCAAGGUACAAGGCCUGAAAACACAUGAUUGUCACAUUCUUCUGCAGAGAAUCUUACCAGCCAGCAUGAGAGGAUUUUUGGACAGUGAUAUAUAUCAAGCAAUAGCUGAGUUAGGCAAGUUUUUCAGAGAACUGUGCAGCAAAACUCUUAAUAGGGAUGUCUUGGCCGAAAUGAAGAAGGAAAUCCCUGUAAUUUUGUGCAAGCUUGAGAAAAUUUUCCCACCUGCAUUCUUUGAUGUGAUGGUGCACCUUGCCGUACAUUUACCUGAAGAGGGAUUGCUUCGAGGUCCCGUACAAUAUGGGUGGAUGUACCCAGUUGAAAGAAGGCUAUAUACUUUAAAGCGCUAUGUGAGGAAUAGGGCGCGACCAGAAGGUUCGAUUGCUGAGGCAUAUAUUGCAGAUGAAUGCCUGACAUUUUGCUCCAGGUACAUGGAUGAUGUUGAAACAAUAUUUAAUCGGAAACCAAGAAAUAUAGGUUUUUCAGAUGAAGAAGCCUAUGGUGUUGAUGUUUUUGGGCAUGGAGUUAAUUUCACUUCUGGAUAUGAAUAUGAAUAUGUGCAUGAGCAAAAAGAAUUUGACCAGAUGGUGUGGUAUGUGUUGAACAAUUGUGAUCAAGCUAAGAAAUAUAUCGAUAUGUUCAGAGAUGAGUUAAAGAGAAAACGGUUGCCGAACAGUGAUAAAGAGCUUCAACAAAAAUUUCAGACAUGGUUCAGGAACUAUAUGGUGAGGCUGCGAGAUGAGGUUGGCGAAGAGGUAGAUGAAGAUCUGUUUGGCUUGGCAUGUGGUCCUGAUCGGAGAGUCCGGAAAUUCUCAUCGUGCAUAGUGAAUGGGAUUAGAUUUAGCACUGUUGCUCGUGAUAGCAACAAGAGGACGCAGAACAGUGGAGUCAUGACCGAAGGUGAACAUGACCGUAAGGUCAUAGAUUUUUAUGGAACCUUGAAAGAGAUCAUUCAGUUAGAUUAUAACUUGGAAGAUAGGUCAGUUGUUUUGUUUAAAUGUGACUGGUUUAAACUUGAUGGAAAGAAGACUGAACUUAAAAAUGAUGGGUUUUUCAAAAGCAUACAUGUUGGAAGUUUGUGGUACAAGGAUGAUUCUUUGAUUCUGGCUACUCAGGCUAGUAAGGUCUUUUAUUUGCCAGACACGAAGUAUGGGAAAAAUUGGCAAGUUUUGCAAACAUUCGACCAUAGGCAUCUGUUCAAUAUUAGUGAAAUUGAGGGUGUACCUUUUAGUGGUCCUGCAUAUCAAGAGGAGGAGUGUUGUGAAGAGGAGGGUAGGAGAACAUCAGUUUCUGACCUUACAUCUGAGAAGCCUUUGCAUAGAGAUGAUGAGCAAGGCAUUACUUUUGAAGCUGAUGUCGUUGCCCGUUUGAUGAAAGAAAAACCACAAAAGUGUAUGAAGGUGGCGAUGAAGAUGAAGAAGAUGACAUAGGUUUGGAGUAUUGCAGUGAAGACGAAGGAGGUGCCACAAUGGAUGUCGACAGCGAUGACGAGUAGAUGUUUUAAUGUAGAAGGCGUUGCUGACAAGGCUGAGAAGGAGAUGCUGAAAAAAGGUUGUGCUGCAAGCUUAAGUUGGUCUGUACAGUGCUUUUGGCUCUGUAAUACUGUCAUCUACAAUGGUAGUAUCUGGAGUUUUAUUUUGUUUGCCUUGAUACGGCAAUGACCGCUGAUCCUUGUUGUGAUCCGUAUCAGAGUUAUAGUUUGUCAGUGUGUUAACGAAGUCGUUGUGGUUGUAAUCCUUCUUGUAUGCCUGACAAUAUAUCGUUGUGGUUGUAAUCCUUCUUGUAUGCCUGACAAUAUAUUAUCUCUGUACCGGCUGUUGUGAGGAUGGCAUUUGUGUGCUGUCAUUCGCUAUUCAGGUACACAAAUUAUUCCUGAAAUUCAUAUGGCUCAUGUAUG